AUGGCUACAGCACCCGAACAUACAUUCAUUGGAAAUGUUGAAUAUUACCAAAAGUACACUUUGGCAUCUCGGAUGCUGUAUCCUGAUAUUCUAUUUCUUCUGCUCGGUUCUGAAGAUAUCCUCAAGUCUUCUUCCUCAGUGGAUCCCGACAAUCGUAGAUUGUGGGCUCGGCUUUAG